UCACAACGUGGCAUACUUCUCCGGUGGCAUUUCCGUCAAAAGAAUGACACGUGCAGCGUGGAGAAAGACCAUAGUACCCCUAUCUCGGUUCCACCUAUAAUGGAGGAAGGAGGGGCAACCAAGCCAAAAUGGAGGCCAAAGGACCUCCAGCGAACAGACCACGAGCUCAGCGGCGCUAGAUGUAUAACGGGACGGCCGGGGAGGUAACCGUCCGCCACGUGGCUACUUCGGGUAGCCCGGGCAGUUGGGCAGCACUUCCUCGCCUCCCCCUUAAGCCGGCGGGCCAACUGGCGCGCGCGGACCACGGAGGAGACGACAAAGACACAAGAGGCAGAGCCAUGCGCCGCCUUCGCCGGUUUCCCACCCACCCCUCGGGCACGCCACCAAUCCUCUCCACCCGCUGUCUUUCUCUCUCUCCCGAUAUAGAAUAGCGAUCCAAAUCCCCAAAGUGUCUAUCUUCCCCGUUUCUCACCUCUGGUGGAAUAGAAAUCCUCUCCUAAAUCUCCGGGAGGCGAUGGGAGCGAGAGGGAAGCGGAGCGGCCACUUCCUCUGUUUUGGCGCAGUCGAUCCGGUGGAGGAGGAGGCGGCGGCGGUGAAGACAAGAGAAAGCUCCGCCGGAUCCUCCGGGAGGAGCGAGGUCCUCGUGCCGGAGGCCCGUCGGCACGGGCGGCGUCUCAACCGCCGGGUUCUCGCGAAGAUCUUCAGAUCGGUUAUGUUUGUUUCCGCUCCGAAUCAAAGCAGGAAAGAAGGGAAGGAUCCGAACCGCUCGGUAGCGCCAAAGGUCUCCGACGAUAAACGGGCGGCGGAAUGGAGCAGGAAGUCAUCAUACGGCGACGACCGAAUGGCGGUCACGAUCUUUACCUCGUUCCGACAGCCAGAGCACAAACCGAAGCCGGAGCUCCGGCGGAAGAGGGCGUCGUGGAUUCCUGAAUCGAGGAAUCAACCGCCACCGGCGCGGGCGCCGGCGCCGGCCGGAAAUUACGGUUCGGCCACGGGGCUCUUCCUCCUCCUCCUAAGCCUAUCUGUCAUGGUGUUCUGUGGACGCAUCUACGCGAUCCUAUGGACGUCGUCUUGGCUCUGCUUCGUCCCUCGCCGGAAUUCCGACGCCGGGCUGGCGGCGGAGAACGUCGCGCCGACGGCGGCGCCGAAGCUCCGGCGGAAGGGGCUUGAGGAGAACGAGAAGAAGAGGAUCGUCUUGGAGGGCAUAUUGGAAAGAAAUCGAAGGGUUUGAAAAAAAAU